AUAUUUUAACUACAGAAGCUAUUUUUAAUGGAUAUUCUGAUUCAAGAACAAACCUAGAAACAUCCAACCAGCUUCCACAUAGCAGUGUUGGUUAGUCGUCAGGUGACAGUCCAAACUGACACGUAACUUGUUGCGUGUUUUGGCCCAGCCCCCCCACAGAUGUGCCCUUUCCCUCUGUUACCUGCCUGACGCUGUGUCAGUGUGCAGGUGUGUUUCGGUCUCACCUGUGGCGCUGCAGACAUGCUGGAGGAGACAGUCGGCCUCGCCGCUGUGACCGUACUGGGCGUCCUGGAGCAAGCCUACUUCUCUCUACAGGUGAUCUACGCCAGGAGGAUGUAUGCGGUGUCUCCACCCGCCACCGCCGGACCACCCGAGUUUGAGAGGGUCUUCAGAGCUCAGGCCAACUGCUCCGAGUACUUCCCGAUCUUCAUCGCUGUCCUGUGGACGUCCGGAGUCUUCUUCAACCAAGGUGUGUCUUCAGUCUGCGGCCUGCUCUAUUUGUACGGACGUUUCCUGUACUUUCGCGGAUAUUCACAGUCAGCACAAGGACGCCUGGCUCCUCUGUAUUUCAGCGCUCAGGUUCUUUGGGUUCUGAUUGGGUUCUCGUCUUUCGGCAUCGUCCUCACGUUCUGCCGAGUUUACCUGGACGUGGAUCUGCUCAGAAGAAUAAUGUUGGCGCUCAACUGGGUCGAUAUGAAACCUCAUCACAGGGAAUGAGACGACAGGAUUGCUCAGUCUUAAGUUUCUAAAAGCUUCUGUGUGGUUUCAUAAUGCGUGUGUGUCCCUUUGGCUGACAUUUUUGUGGUUGGUUCUCUUUUACAUAAAUUUUACGUUUUUAUUCAAAACAUUAUCGAAACGACAUAAAAACAUGCGACUACCACAGUCCAUUAUCAAAGCGCUCUAGUAAUCUUACGUGGUAUAGUAUGAUUUCAAAUAGCCUUAAUGUUCAGCGAAGCUUAUUCUAAAUAAACUUUAGCAUUGGAGGGAAAUGCCAGCUGUCGCUUCAGACAGUUGAUGUGUCCUCAUACACGUCUCACUUUAGAGCGUAGCGGGGGACAGCGCACAUUAAUGUUGUUAAAUCGAUAAAUAAAUCAGGCGUCACCACAAGGUGGCAGCACUUCAUUUGAAAAUGUGUUCAUAAACGCAGCACUGAAGGACGCUUUUGAGGCUUUUGCAUUUUAUUUGAGUAUUUAUAUUUUCUACUACUUUAUACCUGUACUCCGCUACAGUUUGGAGGGAAAUAAUGUACUUUUUACUCCACUGUAUUUGUUUCAAUAAUACAAAAACAAAAUCAACAAAUAAAUUAUGAUGUCAUAUUGUGAAUAAAGAUGAAAUUUAUUGAUCUCCAACGGGAAAUUCACAACCAGAUAAAGCAGUUAAAUCACAUUUACCAGCUUCAACAUUAAAGUAAUGAACACAUUAAUGAAUCAGUCAUUUUAAUUCAGUAGAAUAAAUAAUGUUGACAUAUGCCAGUCUGCACGAUGAUACUUUUACUUUUGGUACUUCAAGUAUAUUUGGAUGCUAAUACCUUUGUAACAUUUAAAAUGAAAUGUAAAAAGAUUUAAAUGCAGGACUUUUACUUGUCAUAGAGUGACUGAGUGGAAAAAUCUGAGUAGUUCCUGCCCCUCUGGAGGCUGAGGAAUUAUUUUAAGCUGGAGUAAAUAUGAUUAUUUUUCCUAUUUAAUGUGAUUUCAUACAAGUUUGUGAUGUUUGUUCUUUGUGGUUUUCAGUCCUGUAAAUCUCUGAGCUCAGUGAGGAGCUUUUAGUGCUUAAAUAAAGUCACAAUAAACUUUCUGAUGCAGAAGAA